AUGAGGCCCGUGGGGGCUACUGUGGUUCCGGAUGGCUGGCAUCCCGACGAUGCUCGCACCAGGUUUUACGAGUGCGAUGUCAUGUUCACUGAUGAAGAACUCACCCUGCAUGGUUCGGUCAUCACCAUGCGUGACAUGCUCACUGCCACGAUGGCACGGGUUCUUUACAUGGCGGAAAUUAACACACUGCAUGAUCUGCCGGGGGCUUCUCUGUCCUCGGUUUUGGACACUUGGAGGCAGUGGCAAAGAGGCCAGCGGGUCUGGCGCGACCCUUCGGUUGGGACAGGUGAGGUACCCAGCGCAAUGGAGGCUCUCUUGGACCCCGAUGAUUGGUGGGGCAGCCGCUGGGGACGUGGUGUCGGAGUCUUCUUCUUCCAACUGACGGGUGUUGGGUGGCAGCUCCUUCUUCUGGGCCGCAGGACAGCCGUCGUCGGGGUAUGCCAGACGCCGGGCCUGAGGGUCGACUCUUCCUUCAGGUGUUCCGGUUCCUCCUUUAGAUUUGGGCUCCAGAUUUGGGCAGUGGGGCUCGCCUUGGUAAUCAUGCCCGGGAACCUGGGCGUCUAUGCGACCGAGUCGCUUUCAGCGGCCUCGGCGCCAGAGAGCGCAUACACGGCCAUGGGGGAAAUGUCUCGGCAGCGUGCCGGGCAGUGGCGGGAGCAGCAUGGGCUCCUCAGCGAUAGCGACUUUGCCUUCAGUUUCCAGAGCUACGAGGAGGCUAUGGCUCAGGCUGGGACCUUGGUUGCCGAAGAGUGGGCCGCGGAGGAGGCUAAGCCAUCUGAUGACCACGUGGAAGCCUUGACGGAAGCUCUUCACUGCCUCGGCUCCAUGCGCCCGCGGGGCGAUCUGACCGUUGGUCUGGAACGCGAAUGGCGUGCGGCCCUUCAGCGGAAAGCAGAGGCAAAGGCCCGCGAGGCGGAGGCUGCUACCGUGCGAGGGGCCCUUCUUACCUUUUCUGAGCUCCAGAUUCACAUGACGGAUCGUGGGCGCGCCUUUCCGCCGGAUGGGGUGGAUCUGGAUGCAUUCUUGUAUGGGGUCACGGCGGCGCAAUCCCGUGCACUGGCUGGGCUGCGAUGGUUGGUGAAGGCAGGCCAGCUGGAGCAUGACCUCUCUGCCUAUGACUUCCGAGGGAUUGAGCAGCUCUACAACAGCAACAACCCUCAGUGGUCCACCUUCCACUUCCACUGCUCCAAGGGCAAGCAGAGAGGGAACAGGAAUGGCUUCGACUACGCGGUCCCGAGCUACUUCAUGUCUGGGUGGGAUUGGUCGACCCACUGGCUGGAGGAUUGGCGCGCCCUCCCUGUGCUAUCCCGUCAGAAUGCGGGCAUCAACUUCAACGAGUUUGGUCAGCACGUACAGCUUCAGGAGAGUGGGCCCUUCUUUCGCUACGUUGGCUGGCUGGUCCCCCCAGCAGCAGUUGUCGCUGGGGGACUGGCAGGAUGCCACACGCCUGCGCCAGGAGGGCAAUUCCAUGCCCCUUCGGUACGCCAGCACUCGUUACACGGCGUCACAGUGCGACGCAAGCAUUGCCUCAUCAACGCUGUUGCUAGCUUGGUGCGCUUUACUUCCUGGGAUGAGGUUACUCAGGAGGCCUUGGAGGCCGCCGAGCGGGACGGUGCCCUGGGUAUGGACAGAGCCGUUCAGAAGGACAACCACACGGUGUGGCAGGGCCAGCUCUCCCCUGAAGAGAUUCAGCCACGGUUUCGACUGCCAGCUGCGGUGCCGGUGCCUGCGGCAGCUGCAGCAAUGAUGCUGCGGCAGAUUGGGGGCAAGCGGCUCUCGGCUAUCUUGCGGGAUGGAGUGCAGCUAUGCGCUGCUUUUCAGGCGGGCCAUUGCCGGCAUCAGGGCGAUGAGUGCUCUGGCGGCCGACAUCGCUGCGCCAUUCUUCUGCAGUCGGGGAGGGUGUGCGGCGGAACCCACGGUGCUGGGGUCUGCCGGGUCAAGCGCUUUGUGAAGGCUCCCGAAUCUCCGCCGAGGACGGGGACACGUGCCAAGGCCGGCGCUGUGGUCUUGAAGCUCAAGACGAAGACGAUCCAGGUCAAGGCCAUGCCAAAGAGCCGGGGCGCUUUGGCUGGCUCUGGGAGCUCGUCCUCGGAUCUCCCUCCUUUGAAGAGGCACCGUGUUGCGCAGGAGCCGGCUCACCCGCCACCGAGAUCUUCUGCUUCCGCGUCCGCCAGUGGUUCGGGCAUCCCUGAGCCAGCUACGCCGCCUCGCAGUCGGCCGGUGCAGCCUUCGACCCCCCCUCCAAGGCGUGCUGCAUCCAGCCCACCAAGAGUCUCAGGACGGACUGGAGGGCGGAGGGACCGCCAGGAUGAUGCGGCUGAGAGUCGCGCUCUGGAGCGCCACUUCGAUAGCAUUGCCACCAUCGGGGGGAAGCGCAUUCAGCCCCCCACGAAGCUUUGGGAAAGUCGCGAGGGAGGGACCCUCUGGUUAUCUGGCAUGCCCACGGCCGAGACCUUGCAUGCUUAUCCGAGGUGUGACCUCCAGCUGUCUUGGCUGACCGAGUCCCUCACUUCCCGCGGCGGUGCGAUCAUUCCUGGAGCUUUGCAGAUGCAGGUGGCAAUCACGGACGCUCGGUCCAGGGACAGGCAAUGGAAGGAGUGCUGGCCGGUCAUUCGCCAGACUCUUGUGAGUGGAGGCUCCGUCUUGGGACAUUGCGUUGCGGGACGGCACCGUGCUGCGACUGGCCAAGCGCUGCUUCUCGCCUUGCUCACCGAUGUCCCCUUUGAACAGGCAACGGCGUACCGCUAUGUCGCCACCGCCAAGGACAAGAGGCAGGUCAACGCCUCCGGGAUUGUACCAAGGUUCAAGACCUCCAAGAAGCUCAAGGCUAUCAACGGUGUCGUGACUGCUUGCAGCGAGCAUCGGCAGUAUUCCACCCAAAGUGAGGUGAUCACAUGUGAGGGUGCAACGUCCGGAGGGAUAUGGCGCAGUUUUCAGCCCGAGGAGAGCACAGACCUUAGCGAUCAGGCGGAGUUACCGUCGGUUUCUCCAGCCAUGGCUUCCUUUAGUCUUGUGCCGAGGGACGGUGCAGACUUUCGUGCGACCAUGGAGUCAUUGCAGUUAAAUUUUGAGUUCUCCGAUGAUGUGCUUGAGGCGUUGGUCAAGCAGAAGAUCAAGAAUCUCGAAGAAUUUCGCUACUUCUUCGAAUCAGAAGGGGAGAUAGGCCUCUGGGUCCAGAAGCUGUCUUUAGGAGACCAGCAGCCGCUGCAAACGGCCCGCCUGCGCCGUACUUGGGCGGCCGUCAAGGUCUUCUUCCAGCAUGCCGACGCAGGCCGGGUCCCGGAUCUGGAUGAUCUUCUUGAUGACAGUUCCUUGCGCGACAUGAAGCAGCAGUUUUGGCGGCGUUACAAAACCAGGUUCCCUCCGGAACUGUAUCCAUCAGACGCCACGCUCUCGCGAGUGACGCGAGAGCUCAACAAAAGAAUGUUGUGCGUGUUCAGCGUCUGGAAGGUCAAGAGUCUCCAGUUUCAGCUUUUGAGCACUAGCAAGAAGCGCAAACUUGGGGAUAACUUGUACACCGAGGAUCAAGACCAGGACGAGGUGAUCCCUCGCGACUGCGAGUCCUACCUUGACCGCUUGCAGAUUCUCCUCACAGCAUAUGCGUUGGCUGGGGUCCAGCCCGUGGCGGGUUCUCCCCCCGCUAACGGGGAGAACACGGUGGGGUCCGAUACCACGCAGUUCGUGCAUGCACCCUUGGACGUGCUCAUGGAGUACUUCCAUCGAGCGAAAAGGUCGGUCUCUCAGGUACAAGGGCCUAAGACACUGUCCUGGCUUCAGCACAAGGACAACGAAGAGCGCGCAGUCUGGGUCUCCAAGUUCAGGGAGUCCACCAAGACGCUCGGUGCCGUGGUGCGCGAGGUGCUCGACCUGCGCGAUGCGCACUGGAUACCGGUGCAAUCGGGCUCCGCAAGCGAGGCCUUGUCCGCUUCCCCAGCGAAGCCUCCACAGGGAGGGGCCCCGCAGCCCCCCCCCAAGCCAUCUUCCUUCGCCUUGGGCAAGAGCGUCAACGGGAAGAAGGUGGCGCAGAUGAUGAAAGAUGGCAAACGACUAUGCCAGGAUUAUCAAGAGGGCCGUUGCGCGCGAGGCAAGCAAUGCCCCGAUCUGCAUAGAUGCGGCGUGGUUCUCAAGGGCGAGAGAGUCUGCGGAUCGGCUAAGCAUGGUGCUUCGCAGUGCAAGCAGAAGGCUCCUGCAUCGCCCAGAUCAAUCCCUGUCAUGGCGGAUCUCUUUUCCGGACCCAACGCACCGCUUUCUAAGGCUUUUCUCUUUUGCGGCUGGCAGUGCCUGCCGGUGGAUCUCAAGCUCGAUUCAUCCCAUGACUUGGCUAACCCACUCAGGCAAUCAAGCUUGGCAGCACAGCUCCAGCAGGUCGAUUUCAUAGCGGCAGCUUUCGACUGCUCCACCAAGAGCCGCGCGCGGGACAUCCCGCGCUCCUUUGAGGAUGGCAGGCCGGCACCUAGGCCGCUUCGAUCUGCAUCAUGCCCAGAGGGACUGGGUGGGCUUAGCAAGGCUGAGCAGGAGCGAGUGGACAAAGACAACAGAGCAUGUUCCUUUGUCCUCGAUGCUAUUCAGCAAGCGGCCGAGAAGGGCGUCGGGUCAGUGCGCGAGAAUCCAGCCAACAGCUUGCAUUGGCUUCUCCCCCAGGAGGUGCAGUCUUUCCAGUCGGGCUUGUGGCAAGACAAACACUAUGAUGCGUGUUGUUGGGGUGGAGCCCGCUACAAGCGCCAGCGACUGAGGCACAAUUUGCAAGAAAUCGCAGACUGGCCGGCGAUUCAGUGCCACCAUAUCCAUGGUAAAGGCGAGUGGGACCCUCAGUCCGUGGAUGGCAAACACUGGUUCCCGUCGCAGGAGGAAGCGGAAUACACAGCCCCGCUUGCGUUUGCGAUUGCAGUGUCAGCCUCGUGGUGGGCUGCCAGAGUGGGCCGCGCUAAGCUGGCUGUCCCAAGGAUGCCGGUCCCGGGCUGUGUUGGUCGGCGGGAAGCCUGGACUAGCUUCGAUCCGCGAGCACUGCGGGCCUGGGCGAUGGCCCCUUUAGCUAUCUCCCUUGGCUUGACCCCGCCGGAGGAAGCGAAUCGGAUCCCACAACGCAGGGCAGUGGCAGAGAUCCAGCGUGAGGACGGUUUGCUACCACCAGGAGCCAUCUACAUUGGCCAAGGCCACCAUUCACACCGCCUGCCACGCACCAAAUGGGCAGCCCCCAUGGUGGCGGGCCACGACUGUUCGUUUGACGAGUUCCUGCCUCGUUACGUGCAGCACAUCAAGGACAACUUGGGAGACCAGCUCCCAGAACUCUUUGGGAAGACCUUGGUGGUGGAUGAGAUCACCGCCUGGCCGUCGGAAGGUGAUGCCCUUGCCGGGCUCGUCUUUGAAGAGCUGUCGGACAGGAACAUGGAAGCCAAGCCAUUGCAACGGAGGCCGCCGAAUAAGAAGCGCAGGAGUAGCCAGAUUGGUCGUCCACUCCGUGCGCUCGGGUUGGCAGUGGCUCCGUUGGCGGAUGCAUCCCAAAUUUUCUCCUGUUACUUGCGGCAAGAAGAUGUCUUUGGGGCAGUCUGCAAGCUUUUUCCGGCAGAAUGGUUGGAAGGAGUUACCUUCCCGUUCCUUGAAGACUUGAUCAACGCUCCACCGUUUGAUUUGUACACAAGGUGGCUGCGAGACUCGGGAGCUGAUUGGACAGGGCCUUGCGGGCCUACUUUGGCUCCCCAGUCGGCCCGUAUCUUCCAGCGUGCUGCGGGACAGCAGGCGGGAGCUCUAAGCCAGAGGGCAGCCUUGCCUCCUCUUCUGUCCUUUGGAUUAUCAGAAGAGGACCAUUUCUGCCAUUCUCUUGCGCGCCUUCACGAACCAGUCCCCACGGAGCGCGAACCUAUCUUGGACCCCGACCUCCGCUUCGCCGCCGACUUCACAGCAGCCAAUCGAACAAGCUUGCGAUCCCUGCGCCAGAAUGCGAUCGGUGCAGUACGUGAACUCAAGCGCAGGUGGGCCCCAGUCGAUGUCGCCCUGCGGCGCUUCCAGGCCCCCUCCCUACACCGUGUGACGGCUGCUCGGGACAUUGGGCUAGUGGCGCUACUCGUUGUGCUGUUCUCCUGGCCUGACACGGCUCUGCCAUUUGCCCUGGUGGUGGGAAUGCCAGCGGUGGGUUUCGCGCCGUGUUACGGCGUCUUCCCACAGCUGCCCACUUCGCGCAUCUCCUUUGACGAGGUGAUGGGUGACUGGCGGGCCCACAAUGCUCGUAUGCUUUCCAGGAUCGGACCGUCCAAGGACGACGUUUUCUUGUUGCAGCAAUCCACCAAGGAUCAUGAGGCUGGAUUUUGCUCCCCGCCUCUUACUGAGGCCGCGCUGUUGCGUCGACUCAAGGGGCGCCCGUACCGCCUCAUCCCACGCUGCGUAAUUACUCAGUCCUCUGGUAAACAGCGCAUCAUUGACAACGCGGACGCGGGUGGCCAAUCUGAGACGUCCUAUGACUCCAACAAGCUUGUCCUUUGCAGUGCCUUGCGCCCGGGUCAGCAUGCGCAGGCCAUCGUGGCUCGAGUUCCCCCGGAAGACCUCGAAGAGGCCAAAGAGAGUGACUCUUUGGAAUCUGGGGGGGAAGACUGGCCUGAUGCUUAUCGGCAUUGCCCAAUGAGCGAAGAGGAGUCCCUGGCUUGCUUGGUGGUAUGGUGGCACCACGAAUGGCAAGCACCCGCCUAUCAGAUCUAUGCCGGGCUUCUAUUUGGGCUCCCACUGGCAGUUACAUCUUUCAACCGCUACAGUCGUUUCUCCGAAGCAGCCUCUCGGAGGCUGGCCCUUACAGUGGCUUCCUCCUACUUCGACGAUUUCAACCUGCUCGAUUGGGCAUCGUCCAAAGGCUCGGGCCAGUGGGCCGUUGGGUCAAUCAACACCCUGUUAGGGACGCCGUUCGCUGCAGAAAAGCGGCAGCCUAUGUCGGCACAUGGCACGUUCCUGGGGCUGGAUCAUGUCUUAUCCGAGGCCCUUUCCCAAGGCUUCGUCACCUUUUGGGCGAGAGAGCGCCUAUUCGACAAGAUGGCUGACCUUAUCGAGCAGGCUACCUCCUCCGGCUCCCUCCAAGAUGUUCGGCCUUAUGAACUUCUCGGAGCAAGGGAUGUAUGGCCGGGCGGAUUCCUGAUCGUCUGGCAACACCCAAAGGGCGAGAAGAAAAUUGCGCAACUGGAAUUGAGCAUGGUCCUCUAUGCCCUGGUCUCUCGACCCAGCCACUUCAGAUCCAGGAGGGGUGUAUGGUACAUUGACAAUACCGCGGCUCUUAUGAGCCUCAUACGUGGUCGAUCAGACAACGCGGACCUCUCUCGCCUAGCCCAAUUGAUCCAUCUUUGCCUUUUCUGCUUCAAGACAUGGGUCUACUGGGAAUGGGUUCCGUCCAAAUCCAACUGGAGUGACUCCAUUAGCCGCGAGGGCGCGGAUGAUGUGUGGCAUCAGUCGCACCUGUUUUCCACCUUUCGUGCUCAUUUCCCUCAUGAGCUGUGGGCGCUGCCACUGGAGGCGGUAGUGGUGGUCCUGGAGUUUCUCUAG